AUGUCACCAAACCCCAUUGAAGAUGCCACGGCGCACAAUAGAUUGUCGGUUAUAAAAUUUAUGGAGCUAUCCCUCGCCAUUGCUAGCACAGUUUUGCAUUACUACAGCUUUAAUGAUGGCGAAUUGGUGACGGCAUUUUUGGCCACAGGCACAUUUUGUGGCUAUAUAAUUGUCCUUGUGGCCAUUUUCGCUGGUCAUAUGAUCGGAACGCCUGUUAACAAGCGCCUCAGCAUCUUUUACAGCAUCAUCGGGAGUGCCAUGUUCAUUACAUCGGGUGUUUUCAUCAUUGAGGCGUGGGAACAUUCAUUUCGGACAAGAACACGGGAUUUGGCCAUCACGAAGGGAUCUGUUGCUAUUAUAAAUGGUGCCGUCUUUUUAUUGGACACAAUUUUCACAUUCAGAGACAAAUGA